AUGGAGACGACGACGACGACGGCGACGGAGUCGAUGAGCAAGAUGGAGACAGUAAGAGGAACGCACCGGUUUACAUUUCACGGCUACAGCUUGUGCAAGGGCGGCGGCGCCGGCCGGUGCAUUCGCUCCGGCACCUUCACCGUCGGCGGCUACGACUGGUGCAUCUGCUUCUACCCGGAGGGCCAGGGCGGCGGCGGCGGCGACCGGGAACACGUCUCGGUCAAGCUCAGGCUGGUCACCCGCUGCGCCACGGCCACCGCGUUCUACGAGCUCCGCCUGCUCGACCAGGACACCGGCCGCGCCGCCGCCGUCGCCCGGGCCUCCGGCGCGCCCAGGGUGUUCGCGUCGAGCAAUCCCGGCACAGCGUGCUUCGGCCGCCGCGCGUUCAUGGAGCGGAGCAAGCUGGAGGCGUCGCCCGCGUGCCUGCGCGGCGACAGCGUCGUCAUCGACUGCGCCGUCCGAGUCGUCGUCCACGACCCCGUCGUCGCCGCCGUGCGGCGCCGCGAGGCGCCGGACGACGUCCCGCCGUCGAACAUACUCCGGCAGCUGGUGGCGCAGGUGGAGUCCGAGGGCGCCGACGUGACGUUCGCCGUGCAGGGGGAGACGUUCACGGCGCACCGCCUGAUGCUCGCCGCGCGGUCGCCGGUGUUCAAGGCGGAGCUCUACGGCGCCAUGAAGGAGAAGGACGCCGACCACGUCAUCGCCAUCGUCGACGUGCAGCCGGCCGUGUUCAAGGCCCUCCUCCAUUUCAUCUACACCGACGACAUGCCACCCGACCUCGGCCUCGCCGCCGCUGACGACGACGACACCGACAGAAUCGACAUGGCACGCCACCUGCUCGUCGCCGCCGACCGAUACGCCGUCGAGAGGCUGCGGGUGAUCUGCGAGCGCGUGCUCCGGCGAAGCCUCGGAGUCGAGACGGUGAUCGACACGAUGGCAUUGGCCGAACAGCAUAGCUGCGGCGAGCUCAAGGAAGCUUGCCUCGAGUUCAUCGAUUCUCAUAGCAAGCGAAUCGUGGAGAGUGAUGGUUACAAGAACCUCAAGAGGGCGUGCCCUUUGCUCGUCGCAGACAUGUGGGAGAGGAUCGUCCUAUCACGUCUAGAGUAAGGCUGUGUUUAGAUCUAGGGGUGAAAAGUUUUGGGUGUCACAUCGGAUAUACAGACACACAUUUAAAGUA